AUGGGUGGACACGCUGUGCCAUCGACAAAACGAGCGGGAGCAUCAACGCCCACGCUCUCGCACAAGACCUCGGUGGUCAGUGCCACCGACACGUUCGCAUCGGCCACCGACGGCGAGGGAUACUACACCGACGCUCGCGCCGAUCUCAGCGCCUACCACAUGGACGACGCGCGUAGCCGCACAAGCAUCGCUGCGCACACCAUCCACGCGCAUGACAACAACACGGUGCUUUCCAGAUCGUCGUCCAAUAACCCAGCCCAAGUAGAGAAGCCAAUACCACAAGAGCGGACUAUCUCGAGUCAUCAACCACCAGAUGUGACCGCAGGGCAGGAUACGCAAUCCACCUCGCCGACCACAACCACCGCAGCAGGCUCAGCGCUGCCCACGCACCGCGAGUCGGACAAGGCGCUAGACCUCGCGCCGGCCGCGGGGACGCUGCACCGCAUCAUGCGACACUUGGCCGUGCUUGGUCUGAUGGCCUUUGCAUCGAUCUGGGGCACUCUCGCGCGCGAAGGCCUUGUGGCGCUCAACACAUACGACGGACAAGGUGUUGCGCCGCUGGUGUGGGCGCAGGCGGUCGGGUGUCUGGUCAUGGGUCUGGCGGUGGGCGCCAACCGGAAGCCGAUCGAAGGGCGCUAUCCGCCGGCGUACGUGAUGAUCACCACGGGCUUCUGCGGCAGCGUCACCGCCUUCUCCAGCUGGAUCCUCGCCGUCUUCCGCGCAUUCGGCAACCAGAUGCAUUACGACCGUCACGGCCUGCACAAUGUCAUGGACGCACUUACCCAGACGGGCGUCACGCUCGGCAUGGCCAUAGCAGCCACUGCCGCCGGUAUUGCGCUGUCGAGUGUCCUCAACGUCGAGCGCGUCUUCUCGCUCGCGCGGAGAGGUGCGCCGAGCGGUAAGGCGGUGUCGACCGGAAGGACGCUUGGGAUGGAUGCGGCUGCGGCGGUGCUCGGGCUGGUGUUUUGGAUCGGCGCUGCGGUGCUGUGCGCGCUGUACGCACCGUUUCGAAACGUCACUUUCAGCCUCGUGCUUGCGCCGCCCGGCGCAGUGCUGCGUUGGUACCUGUCGCGGCUCAACACCCACGCGCUCGCCAAACGCACCGCACUGCCCCUCGGAACACUCGCAGCCAACCUGCUUGCGACUGCUGUCAUCGCAGCUGCGUUCACUGCUUCGCGGGUCGGAUCGACGCCUUCGUCAUUCUCAGGGGGCCGCACGGCAUGCCAGGCACUGCAGGGCCUCGAGGACGGAUUCUGCGGCUGCCUCUCGACCAUCAGCACGUUUGCGGUGGAGCUAAGGACACUAAGCCCGCGCAGGGCGGUGCGGUACGCCGUCGUGUCGUGGGUCGCGGGCGUGCUGAUCUGUGUGCUGCUCAUCGGCGCCCCGUGGUGGGCUAUCGGCAUGGACGGACGCUGCGUCGGUUUGACCUACUAG